AUGGCGGAAGACAAAGAAAUUGGCCAGCCUACAGCUGUUGAGAAUGUCACGGAGCUGCACGAGUUCAAGAACGCAGAAGGCUAUGUUAUCGAUGCCAGCGACCCGGAGCACGCAAACCUCAAACGAGCUCGCGAUGGCCACACGAUCCUCUUGCCACAGCCCUCCUCUGACCCCCACGACCCUCUCAACUGGAGUCGCUUCAGAAAGCACCUCAUCCUCAUCAUAAUCUCCAUGACAGCAUUUUUGCCAGACUAUGGCAGCGCGACAGGAGCAGUCACGUUGCUCCCGCAAGCCGCAAUCUGGAACAUGACUCCUGACCAUGUCAAUCAUUCCCAAGUCGGCAACGUCUUCAUGUUGGGCGCAGGUGGUGUUGUUGUCGUUGCGCUGUCAGCCUACUUUGGUCGUCUUCCUGUGCUGUUUUAUUUUAUGGUACUCGCCACGGCAACAGCGAUCUGGUGCGCGGCUGCAAAAUCAUUCGAAUCAUUCAUGGCUGCACGAAUUCUCAAUGGCUUCUUCAGCACCGUCGCUCAAGGCGGCGGUCUCAUGUUUAUCUACGACAUGUUCUUUUUCCACGAAAGAGCCAGGAAGAUCAACAUCUGGGCGGCAUUUAUCAUCCUGUCCCCAUACUUCGGUCCAUUAUUUGCAGCUUUCAUUAUUAGCACCCAGCCCUGGCAAGUUCCUUUCUGGGUGUACGUUGCAGAGACUGCCCUCUGUCUCGUCCUGAUCAUCCUAUUCGUCGAAGAGACCUACUACGACCGCCGAAUUCCCCAGGCCUCUCAGCCGCCUCGAGGCAGCCAUAUCUCGCGUCUUGUCGGGAUUUCGCAGUGGAGAUCUCGCCACCUGCGCAACUCUCUGUCUCAAGCGCUUAUGCGACCCGUCAAGGUCAUCCUGAAGCCCACCGUCUUCAUCUCGUGCUUCUACUACCUCCUCACCUUCGCCUGGGUCGUCGGCAUCAACACCACGCUCUCCAUCUUCCUCACCCCGCUCUACAACUUCGGCCCCAAGCAGAUUGGAUACUUCUACUUCACACCCAUCGUGGCGGCGCUGCUGGGCGAGGUCACAGGUCACUGGCUCCACGACUUCAUCGCCACGAGCUACAUCCGCAAGCACAAGGGCCACUUCGAGCCCGAGGUGCGCCUGCGCGCCAUGUGGGUGUCCACGCCCUUCAUGCUGGCGGGUCUCGUGGGGCUGGGCUUCGCCCUCGAGGACGGCUACCACUACAUGGUAACGUCGGUCUUCUGGGGCCUCUACGUCUUCGGCAUCAUGGUCACCACCGUCGGCCUGAACGCCUACAACUUGGACAGUUACCCCGAGGCCUCGGGCGAGACCGCCUCGUGGGUCAACUUCUGCCGCACCACCGGCGGCUUCAUCAUCAGCUACUUUCAGGUCACCUGGGCCAACGCCCAGGGUACCAAGGUCAGCUUCGGCAUCCAGGCCGCCAUCUGCGCCUUCGCUUUCUGCUUGAUCGUGUUCCUGCAGUUCUUCGGCAAGAGGUUGAGAGUCAUGGCUGGUGGACUCAACUUUGCGACGUCUUAG